GGGAGCAUUGGUCACAAAGUAAUCUCUUCUGAAUUAUCAAAGAUUAAGGGCAUAAUUAGUCACAAUGCACUGCCUGAAAAGACUGAGGACGAGCAACCCGGGAAUCUUGCAGCUCUUUAAAAAUGCAGGGAUCUCUGCCAGACUGGGAGCUGACAGCAUUGUUUGGUCCAGGACGCAGCAACCUGUGUUUGUGCCCUGCUGGGCCGCAGCAUCACCCCACAGCCACAGAGCCUUACACCACCAAAUGGGCCCUGAUGCAGACCAAGGACACCCCAAAAGUAGGUUGAUGUCCAGUAUGGAGGACCUACUUUUCUACACAAUCACUGAAGGCAAAGAGACGAUCCCCCUGUCCCAGUUCAUCUCUGCUUUGAGAAAAACAGGUUUGUUGACGUCUGACCCUCGGCUGCGUGACUGUGUCCGUCAGAUGCGGCAAUCCUCACGUGACUCUGUCGGGCCUGUCAUGAUGGACAAGACGCUCUUCAGAAGGUGUCUUGGCAACAACAUUAUGCUGCUGACUAAGGCCUUCAGAAAGAAGUUUAUCAUUCCGAACUUUGAAAAGAUGACACAGGAAAUCGAUAGGAUGUAUGACAGUGCACAUAAGCAGGAGUCAGGACAAGUAGCUAACUACAUUCCUCAGCUGGCUAAGUUCAGCCCUGAUCUCUGGGGAGUAUCUCUGUGCACAAUCGAUGGACAGAGACACUCUGUGGGUGACACCAAGGUUCCCUUCUGUCUGCAGUCGUGUGUGAAGCCUCUGGAGUAUGCCAUCGCUGUGCACGAGUUUGGGAGUGAUCAUGUUCACCAAUUUGUGGGCAAAGAGCCCAGUGGAUUCAAGUUCAACAAACUGUCACUAAAUGACGAAGAUAAACCACACAACCCGAUGGUGAACGCCGGAGCUAUCGUCAUCAGUUCUUUAAUUAAGCCAGAUUCAAAUAAGGCAGAGAGGUUCGACUAUGUGAUGGAGUACUUGAAAAAGCUGUCUGGCUCAGAAUAUGUGGGCUUUAGCAAUGCAACUUUCCAGUCGGAGAGGGAGACCGGUGAUAGGAAUUAUGCAAUAGGUUAUUACCUCAAAGAGAAAAAAUGCUUUCCUGACAAUGCAGAUAUGACGGCAGCUCUCGACUUCUACUUUCAGUUGUGCUCCAUUGAGGUGAACUGUGAGUCAGGAAGUGUCAUGGCUGCCACACUGGCCAACGGGGGUAUUUGUCCAAUCACAGGCGACCGUGUGCUGAGCUCUGAAGCCGUUCGCAACACCCUGAGCCUCAUGCAUUCCUGUGGCAUGUACGACUUCUCUGGACAGUUUGCCUUCCAUGUGGGCUUGCCGGCUAAAUCUGGCGUUUCGGGUGCUGUUCUGCUGGUUGUCCCCAACGUCAUGGGGAUGAUGUGUUGGUCUCCUCCUUUAGAUCGGCUUGGAAACAGUGUUCGUGGCAUUCACUUCUGUCAGGAGCUGUUGUCUCAUUUCAACUUCCACAAUUACGACAACCUGAGACACUUCACAAAGAAGCACGACCCCAGGAGAAGAUCAGAUGAAGAUCCUAACAAGUCAGUGGUAAACCUGAUGUUUGCAGCCUACAGUGGUGACCUCUCUGCUCUGAGGAGGUUUGCCCUUUCAGCUGUGAACAUGGAGCAGAGAGACUAUGACUCCCGCACAGCGCUCCACAUUGCUGGUGCAGAAGGUCACGUGGAAGUCGUUGUCUUCCUCACUGAAGUAUGUAAAGUGAAUCCCUACAUGAAAGACAGAUGGGGGAACACACCUCUAGAUGACGCCAUGCAGUUUGGCCACGAUGUCAUUGUUUCAGUCCUGCAGGAGUACCAGCGUGAGUUCACUGAAAACAUCGCACCAUGCGUCACAGAGGAGCAGAAAACACAGCUGGACACGUUAAAAAGCAUCGUCUAAACCUCAGGGGAAAUGUAUCUAUUUUAUUAUGGGAGGACUGAACAGACACGGGGCGAUUGAGAGACCUGAUGAAUGAAUGAGUUUAUUUUUAAUAUGGUAAUAGAUUUUAUUAUAUAUAUAUUUAGACUGUUGAAAAGAUAUUCAGUGCAGGUUUAAGUCCCCUUUUGAUGUAUUUUUGCAGACUGGAGAAAUUAUUCAGCAAUGUUAAGUAUCAACAAAGCACUAUAUAAUGAGGCAAUCUGUUGUUUUAUGUAGAGAAAAAAUACAUUAAUUUAAGCCAUGAUUGGCUUGUGUUGCAAUAUUAAUGAACUGUUUUUGUGCUCAGCUUAUGAUUUAAAAUGCCACUGUGAUGUAAAUAUCUAAUAUAGUGUGCCUACUUAUUGUUAAAAUAUGGAAAUAUAUUUUGCUUAAUCAAUAUGUCAUUUAAUCAGGUGAAUUCUUUUGCCCCCUGUAUAAAUAUUUCCAAAGCUGCUUCAUUUAUUAAUCUUACUCAACAGGAGGUGAAUCAGUUGAACUUGUGACUGUAACUGUGGAAAGACUGUUUUAUUGUAGUUUAUGCCAGUUCAGUAAGGCUCAAAGGCCAGUUUAUUAACUGUGUACAUUGUGUUGAUGUGGUUAGCGUUUCCCUUUUAGCCCUUUUUAUUGGUCACUCAUGUAUCACAGAGACGUCUGCAUGUCUCAGGCGCUGGGAACAGUGCACAUCUGGGUAAUUCUAACACAAAAUAUAUAAUUCAAUUAAUGCAAAUUAAUGUUUCAAACUAGACACACAGACGUCUUUGAAGUGAUACUUUAUGAAAUGAAGAAACUAAAGCUUUUGAUACAAUAAAGUCAACUUUGUCAUGUGAUAAAAAAAAUGUCCUAUUCUUCAGUUUAACCAUCUUAAAUGAUUGCAUUUUAUUAAUUGUGUUUUAUUUCAUUUAACUCAGUCAAAGGCGGUGAAAUGAUUCCUAAGCAGUACUUUAGACUGUCACUGUAAAUAUGUAUCAUCCUGAUGUAAAUAAAAGAGAAACGUAA